CGUAGAGAUGCCAGUGCCCGAAAAACGUUCACGGGGGAGGGGGCUCGAGACCUCAGUUGGCAUCGUUCCUCGCGUUAGUAAUGUGGGGCAACGGCGUGGUGAUGUGAGGCCUUGCGGAGGUGUUAUGGAAACUUCUUUCUACACUUCGCUGUCUUUUUAACCAAAGACAUGGCAAUACAACGAAGGUGAAAGUGUAGUCAAGAAACCGUGAACGAAAGGCCACAAAGGCAAUCUCGCAAGCGAACGGAAGAGUUUCAGAAAGGACCUUAAGAACCAAUUCCAUAAUUGGUACAAGCUCUUUAAGGUUCAACUCUGUUGGAAGAGAACGUAAUUAACGUGGACAGGCGGCACGCGCUCGGGAGAAGCCUUGAAGACGUGAUCCUCAAGGACUCGCCGCGGAAGCGUUGGUAGGGAGGCGACCGGAACGAAGAAGAAAUGUCAUCAUCUUCCUCGUCGGCGGAAGAGGACGAAGUAACGGUGAUUGAAGUGACGACGAAUGGAGACGAAAGGAGGGAAGGAGACGAUGGCUUGAUCGACGUCCCCGGCGAUGAGAAUUCAGCAACGGAGCAAUGGCUCGAGACUGUAAAAGAUGGGAGCCAGUUGAGUCUCUCGCCAUUCAGCGGGACGGCAACCUCUCCGGGGGAGCAGAAGAGAGACCUUGACACGGGCUCCUUACAAGAUGAGGUGCUUGUGGAUAUCUCUGACAUUAGACCUGCUGGCCAUAACAAAGACCUUUUCAGCAUUGAUGAAGAUAGUCAAGAAGGCUCACCAAGCAAAUCAGGGUUCCAGCUAGUUGACCUAAGUGAUACAGACACUAUAACCCCAGCUGAUCCUGGAGGGGGUGCUGGGGUCAGAGGCCAAGGGGUAGCCGGGGUGACCUUCGACCCCUCCAUAUCCGUUUCCAAUAGCCCGGCUCACAGAACAAGAAGAGACUCGGUGGGAUCAUGCGUCAGUGAUGCUAGUAGCCUUUUCCCAAUUUAUGAAGUCCCAGGGGUUUCAUUCACCAUGCCACAGAGUGACUUAGAAUCCUCCAGUGAGUGGGAGGAUGGAGGGAGUGCAGCAGUAGACCGGCUCAGUAAAGACACUGUGUACCAGGCUUAUCUGAAGAUGAGACAGCGCUACCACAAGUACAAGGGCCGGUACUCUGAUUUGGCCCGAGCCUACAAAGAGAAGGAGAAAGAAUCAGACAAGCUAAGAGACAUAUUAACUAAAACUCAGGAUAAAGCUCUGCGAAAAGUGAGUGAACUAAAAGAACAGUGUACACUAGAACAACAAGCUAAGGCUCACCUUGAGCAAGAGCUAAGGAGUGACCUAGAGGAGAAAGACCAUAAAAUCAUGGCUCUUCAGACCAAGGUGAGUGGACUACGGGAACAGUGCAUCCUUCAGCAACAGGCCAAAGCCCACCUGGAAGAAGAGCUAAACGCGGACCUUGAGGAACGAGAACUCAAGAUAGCCGCACUCCUGACCAAGGUAAAGAUCCUCCAGGAGGGUGUUGUAGCAGGGGAUAUUGGCAGUACAGAUGCACACAGCCAAACCUCAAAUGACAAUCACUCAUCUGGCAGCCAGCGGGAUGAGCGGCAAGUCAAGAGCCAAGACGAUACUGAUAAUGUUUCAGCUGGUGACAACUCUUCUGGAGUGGAGAGUGUGUCAACAGCUGAGAGUGCUUCCAUGACAGAUAAUAAUUCUAUGGCAGAUAAUGUAUCUGUGGCAUCUCAUGGUUCAGCCUCCACAGCAGUUACUGCAAAUGCUGAAGCUGAUGAACUGAUAGAAAAACUAAAAGCCACAGUGGAAGAGGGAGAGAGAGAAGAAACAAGUGAUGUCGCCAAACACAAAUCCUUGCUGGCUAGGUGUAUGGACAACAUCCGUGGAAAUAAGGAAAGAAUUGUCGUUUUGACCCAAGAGAGAGAUAUUGCCACGAGCCAACUCCAGGACAAGAUUAAGCAGCUGGACAUCAUGAAGGAAGAGCAUCAGAAGGAAUUAGAUUCCUUACGUUCAAGUAUGGAAUCCUCUGCCUUAAGUAUGGCAGAGACCAAGAAACAGUUGUUUGAGGAGUUACAGGCCAAAGAAGCAGAGACAGAAAGGAGUAAACAAGCAAUGGCUACCUUGGAAAAGCAGAUUGAAGAAAGGGAGUCUAGAUGGCAGGAACAACUUCACAACAAACAGCAGGAGAUACAGGAAAAGGAGUUGACACUUCAGGAACUUCAGAACAAUGAAAAAGCUGAUGAAGGUAAAGAGCAGGACAGUGACGCUGUUGUAGCAUCCAUUAAACAAGAGGUAGAAACAAAGAUCAAGGAAUUAGAAUCAAGAACCUCCGAACUAAAGGAAUCAAGAACUGCCUUAGAAACUCAGUUAAAUGAAAUUGGCCAAGUUAAACUGCAGUUAGAGGAAAAAGUACAGCAGUUAAUGAAAGAGAAAGGAGAGCUUGAAAAUAGUGUCUCUUGCUUAAACAGUGAUAAAGCAGAGACAGAACAAAUGCUGACUGCUCUAAAGAGCCAGAAAAAGGAGCUGGAGGAAAAUGUGUCUGUGUUGGAAAGUUCUAAGCUUGAAAUGGAGGGUAAGAUUACUGAUUUAGAAAGGUGUAAAAUUGAUAUGGAAGAAAGAAUUCACUCUCUUGAGAAUUGCAAAACAGACCUAGAAUCCAAACUGUCUUUGUCUGAAAACUCAAGGGAAGAACAUGAAGGCAAUAUGCUAGAGCUAGAAGGUAGAAUAUCCAGUUUAGAAAGCUUGAAAUUGGAAUUAGAGGGGAAGAUUAGUGGCUUACAAAGUGCUAAUGAUCAAUUAGGAGAACAAAUAGGAGAACUAACUGAUAGUAAAAAGGAUCUUGAAGCCCAGUUAAAGGAGGUGAACAUAAAAGAACAGGACCUCCAAAGGCAGGUUGAAAACUUGCAGAAAGUACAGUCAGAUUGUACAGAUAGUGCUUCAGCUGCUUCUCAGGAAGUAAUAACGCUAAAAGAAACCAAUGAGAAGCUGGAGGCUAUGCUGUGUGACAUUCAGAAAGAAAAGAAUGACCUCAAAGUUGUUUCAGAAGCAUUAAAAGUGGAGAAGGCAGUCUUAACUGAAAGGGUAAGCGAGCAAAAGAAAACCAUUAAGGAGACCUUACUAAAACUUGAUGAUCUGCAAGCAAGAUUAAAUAUAAGUGAAGAGAAAAACAACAAGUUAGUUGAGGAAAUUAAGAGUGCAUGCAAUGAAAAGAUGUCUGUUCAAAACCAGCUUGAGGAACUAGAGAAAGAAAGCGAACUGCAGAAGCAGGUUCAUAAUAAAGAAAUUGAGGAAUUGAAGGAAGAGAAGGAAAAUAUCAUGAGUGACUUGCAGCAGACCAAAUUGGAAAAAGAGGAAACUAACCAGAAACUCUUAGUUCUUGAGAGUGAAAAUGAAAUUUUGAAAAAAGAGAAGAAUCAGCUAAAUAAUGAAGUAAAGGAAUCCAAGGAAAACAUGGACAACAUCAGCAAGCAAGCUUUUGGUGAGCUUAGUACUUUAACAAAAAAGAUGGACAAGCUCAACAAAGACUGGUCCAUUCAGAUGGAGGAAAAGAACAAAAUAAAUGAAGACCUUAGUAAGAAGGUUUCUGAACUGGAAGAAAGCUUGAAAAUGAAAUCAGAUGAAUACAAGGAAAGAGUGGAAAAGCUGAAUGAGGAACUGAAGACAUAUGGUAACUUAAACCAGAUGAAUGAAGAUAUGAAAAAUGAACUUCAGGUGAAAGAAGACAAAAAUAAGGAGCUUGCAUGUAGAAUAAAGGAUUUGGAAAAGAACUUGCAAGGUAAGGAAAUAGAAUGCCAGACCUUACGGGCUAAUGUCCAGAAAGGAAAUGAAGAACUUAGUAGCCGUGUGGCAGAACUGGAGUCUGACAUUAAUAGCCGGGAGGUAGAACUCACAGCUGCAGGUGAGGAGAAGAGCAAGUUAAAUGCAUUGCUAGAGAAAGCUAAAGUUGCAAUGGGGAAGAUGCGCACGGAGCUGACAGCCUUACGUGAAGAAGAAGUGAAGGUGAAAGAAGAAGCAGCUGCUGCAAAGAAAAAUGCAGAGACACUUGAGGAAGAAGUGAGAAAGUUGAGAGAAGAAAAUAUAAAUAAAGAAAAAGAAUACCAUAGAGCUAAAGAAGAUGUUCAGAGGGCCUCUGUUGCAGCUGAGGGGGAAGUUUCUAAGUUGCGGGAAAGUCUUAGAAAAUUGAAAGAAACUUAUCAGAAAUAUAGUAAAGAGCAGAAUGAUAAAAUAAAUGAAAUGGAAAAAAUCAACCAGAGUCUAGAAACUGAGAAUAGUAAUCUACUAAGAACUAUAAGUAAUUUACAGGCUUCUAUAAUAAAGAAAGAUGAGAAAAUUGAGAAAUUGUGGAAUGAAAAGAAGACACUGCUUAGUGAGCUUGAGAAAAGGGUUGAAGAUUUACAGAAUGAAUUGAAGUCUAAAGAGGAGUCAUUGAAGAAAGUUGUAACUGAGUUUGAGGCUAAGACAGAACAGCUGGAAGAACAUAUGCACAAAAAUGAAGAGUCUCUGAAGGUGAAGAUAGAAAGCAGUUUACAGGAGAAACAUGAAUUAGAGACAAAACUAUCAGAACAAGUUCAUGCCACAAUGUCAGCAGAGGAACGACUUGUCAGGCAGAUGGAGGAAUCUGAAAGAAAAAUGGCUGAAUUACAAGAGACCUUCUCCAAAAAGAGCAAAGAUAUGGAGUAUUCUUGGGAGCAAAGGCUAAGGUGGCACGAUAUUGCUGAUUCUCUUAGUGCCAACACACGUUAUAUUGCUUUAUACAACAUGAUGAAAAUCUCGUAUGUAUGGCUCGAAACGUGUGACCCAGUAGAGCUAGUGAAGCACGCACAUUUCUGGGUAUGGUGUGUUGUGGUUGAUAAAGUUAUAGGCAUAUUGUAUGUAAUGCUGAACUUAAAUGCCAACCGUUUACCUCUGAUUUUAGUUGUUUCAAGACCUGUUACACAUACACACCACUGGGAAGUGUCUCAAAGUGGCACUGGCAUUCCUGUGUCUUUGUUUUGUUUCCUGUAA